AGUUAGCAAGGCUACCCGGACAGACGUCAGACGGGAGACGAGCGGGACAACGACGACGAUCGAGUGCAAAUUGACUUAAAAAACAACAAAACAUUGAAGAUGUUGAAAGAGUUGGUGAAAGAGCGACUGAUGGCGGCGGCUGAUGAAAUAUUCGCGCUGUUUGAAGCAACGAUAGCCUCGUACGAGAAGGAACUUUCCAGAACAAGACAGAAGGCGCGACAUCUCCAAAGUAUUGAAGGCGCUCCCUGUGCGUACGCGUGGACGAGACAAGAUGUCCACCAGCUAUCUGGUGCUCAAGAAAGACGUCCCUCUUUGUCCCCCUUGAAGCCGGAGGAUCCACAGCCCCCCCACAUUAAAGAGGAGGAGGAGGAGGAGGAAGAUUGGAUCAAUCAAGAGGAAGAUUACAUUCCAGGGCCGAAGGAAGCUGACCUCACCAAGAUGCCACCGACUGGUGUCCCUGUGAAGAAUGAUGAAGACAUAACAACCGAGUCUUCCCACCUUCAUCGCAGUCCAAGUGAGGAGAACGGAGGGGUGGAGCCUUCAAGCAGCAGCUCAACACAACACUUGACAGCAGAGGCUGAGGAAGACCACUUUGGAGCUCCACUAUCAGACAAUGAGGACAUGUCACAAUCUAUGGAGUGUAAGGACUGGAACGACAUCAAAGAUACUUUGAGCAGCGAUACAGAUUGUGAAGGCGAUAUGACGACUCAAACUAACAAACGCUGUAAAAAAGAGGUGACUGGUGAAAAAUCGUUCACGUGCUCAGAUUGCGCUAAAGUAUUUUCUCGCCUGAGUGUUUUUCUUCAACACAUGAGAACACACACAGGAGAAAAACCCUUUCUUUGUUCAAUAUGCGGCGAAAGAUUUGCUCUUAUGUGGAAUAUGAAGGCGCACAUGAGAAUACACAAAAGGGAAAAACCCUUUAAAUGCUCAGUUUGUGGCCAAACAUUCUCUAUUAAGGCAAACAUGGUAUCCCAUAUGAGAACGCACACGGGAGAAAAACCCUUUGUGUGCUUAGUUUGUGUUAAAACGUUUGCUCAUAAGGCAAAUUUGGUCUCGCACAUGCGAACGCACACCGGAGAAAAACCCUUCAUGUGCUCAUUUUGUGCCAAAACGUUCUCCCAUAAGGCGAAUAUGGUUACACACAUGAGAACUCACACCGGAGAAAAGCCCUACAAAUGCUCAGUUUGUAGCGACUCAUUUGCUCAAGGGUCCGCUUUAAACAGACACUUGAGAAUACACACGGGAGAAAAACCCUUCCAGUGCUCGGUUUGUGUGAAAACAUUCUCUAGUAAGACAAAUAUGCUAACACACAUGAAAACACACGCCAGCGAAAUGAUGCAUCUGCUCAACGGUCCACUUUAAACGGUGGAAAACCAUUUAAAUGCUCACUUUGUCGUGGUGUAUUUGCUUGCAAGUCCAUCUCACGUUAGAAAGUCAGUGUUGUGAUGACUUCAAAGCUGAGCUACUGAAGAGUGUCAAGAUCUGAUUUUAAUCUCCAAUGUAUCUUUUAUUUUGAUAGUUUUUUGGACCCAACGGUAUUAAAGAUGACCUCACCUUAAUAAUGGAGGACACGGUCACAAAUGAUAAAGCAGUCUGAGGUUUUACAUUAGUCUCCUUUCGACAACAUUCAUUAUUGCUGACGUUUGAAACACACAUAAGAGAUACGUACAUUUACAAUCAGAAACACUCAUUUUAAUAUGUGUACACUGCAAAAAUGUAACUUUGUAAACUUUUUUUGUGUGCAAGUCAAGUUUGUCUAUUUU